GUUUUUCAAUUGACGACAAAAUAAAUUGAAUCAAAGCCCAGAACAUGGCUAUAAAGUUAUUACUCUGUAAGAGUCAAACUUUAUACACAUAUGUAUACUAUGCCAUAUUGGAGGGGGAGGGAUAUAUGAGAGAACAUCUUUAAAUAUCCAUGAGAGAACAAAUAAUAAAAGUACCAUAUCUUAUAUACUAAUAUACUAUGGUCAUAAGCAAAAAUAAUUUGCAAUAAUGAAGAAAACCAAUAAAGCAAGCAUUGGCUUUCUUUCUUACUUUCUUUUUUAUUGAAAUUAUUGAGUAUUUGUUUUCUGUAAUAUUCAUGAUAUGUGUUGUUGUCUUUUACCAUUCUCCAAAGUCUCAAUAAAAACCAGUCAGUCGACUCAGUCCCACACACAGAUCAGGUCAAAAGUCAACACUCCUCACCUCUCUUACUCUAUCUCUCUCUCUCUUCGAUGGCGGCCAUGGAUUACAAGUUUACAUCAAGAAGGCUAGUCUUAUACUCUUUGUAUUAGUACUCUCACCAUCAAAUCUCUCAACCCCAUUUUCUCUCAGCGAUAAAGACACAAACUUGACACUUCUCUGUCUAUUUCUCUGUAAAACUGACUCCUCUUCCUCCAUUGCUGCCCAUUACCUCUCUCUUUCUACUCUUUCUUUCCGAGACUUCCCCUUAAACAAAAGCAAAAGCAGCUUAAUUCCAAGAAAAGAACUUCGCGAUCUGGUUUUUUUCUUGGUGUUGCUUCGGUUUUGUAGAUUUUAUUGGACUUUGGAGCAAUCUCUCUUGAAAAUAGUAUUGGUGAAGAAGAAAUAAUGGGGAGUAAAUGGAGAAAAGCAAAGCUUGCUUUGGGUAGAAAUCUGUGUGUUUAUGAUCCGAGAACUUUAGAGGACUCAGCACCGCCUGAUUCAACCGAGAGAUUAUCUGACGCUGCUCUGCUUUCAACACCAAUCACUCCCACCACACCCUCUUCUCCGGGGUUGAGUUUGUCCAAAAACUUGAGCAGCAAAUCCUCCAAGCAAACUUGCUCAAUAUGCUUGACCAAGAUGAAACAAGGAGGGGGCCGUGCAAUUUUCACAGCCGAGUGUUCACAUACCUUUCACUUUCACUGCAUUGCUUCAAGUGUGAAACAUGGCAACCAUGUUUGUCCCGUCUGUAGAGCGAAAUGGCAAGAAAUCCCCUCGCAAGCUUCUGAUUUGGAUCCUCCAGUAGGUUGGCCUCAAAACAAUACUUUGAUGUCUGCACUUCGCCGACUACCUUCUCCUCAUCGAGAUCUGAAUCGCCGGCAUAUUGUUCCACUUCUCCAUGCUCCUGAGUCAGAUGUUUUUGAUGAUGAUGAAUCAUUGGACAUCCAACCAACAUCUGCUGAGAUAAGCUCUUACAACAGGAGUUCUGCUGAUAGCAAAUUCACUAGAACAAUAGAGAUUAAGACAUUCCCAGAAGUAUCCACUGCUCCGCGGUCUAAAUCUUAUGAUAACUUUACUGUUUUAGUUCAUCUUAAAGCGGCUGCUGCAGUUACGAGAACAAAUCUCAGCAGAAACCUGGUUAACUUGCCACAGUUUUCACAAACUCCUCGUGCUCCGGUUGACUUAGUUACAAUUCUUGACAUCAGUGGCAGUAUGGCCGGCACAAAGCUUGCAUUGCUAAAACGAGCAAUGGGGUUUGUAAUACAGAGCCUUAGCUCCAAUGACAGGCUCUCGGUUAUUGCUUUCUCAUCCACAGCGUGUCGCCUCUUCCCCCUCUGUCGAAUGACUGAGACAGGCAGGCAGCAAGCACUUCAAGCUGUUAAUUCAUUGGUUGCUAAUGGUGGAACCAAUAUUGCUGAAGGUCUCAGAAAGGGUGUAAAAGUAAUGGAAGAUCGAAGGGAAAAGAAUCCCGUUGCAAGUAUAAUUCUGCUAUCUGAUGGGCAAGAUACUUAUAAUGUCAGUGGUUCUGGGGGCAACCAUACCCAACCAAACUACCACUCGCUCCUUCCUUCGUCCAUUCAUGGUGGUGAGAAUGUGGGAUUCCAGGUCCCUGUACAUGCUUUUGGCUUUGGCGCAGAUCAUGAUGCUUCCUCUAUGCAUUCAAUAUCUGAGAUCUCUGGGGGGACCUUUUCUUUUAUUGAAACUGAAGCCGCGAUCCAGGAUGCAUUUGCACAAUGCAUUGGAGGUCUUCUGAGUGUUGUGGUGCAGGAGCUGCAAGUGGGGGUUCAGUGUGUACACCCAAGUGUUCAUGUUGGUUCACUGAAAACCGGAAGUUAUCCGAGCCGGGUGAUGGCUGAUGGGCGUGCAGGAUUUGUUGAUGUUGGAGAUUUGUAUGCUGAUGAAGAAAGGGAUUUUCUGUUUUCAGUUAACGUACCAGCAGAGUCUUCUGGAUAUGAAACCCCUUUGCUAAAGGUGAGAUGUACUUACAAGGAUGCCUUAACCAAAGAAAUGGUCACGGUGGAAAGUGAAGAACUUAGGAUUGCAAGGCCUGAAGUAGCCGGUGAAGCAGUCAUAUCUAUUGAAGUGGACAGGCAGCAAAACAGACUCCAAGCAGCUGAGGCUAUGGCACAAGCCAGAGCUGUUGCUGAACAGGGAGAUCUAGCUGGUGCAGCUUCUAUCCUUGAAAAUUUCUGGCAGUUGUUGUCACAGACCGUGUCAGCUAAAUCCCAUGAUUGCCUCUGUAUUGCAUUGGAUGCCGAGCUCAAGGAGAUGCAAGAGAGGAUGGCAAGCAGGCAUGUAUAUGAGGCGUCUGGAAGGGCAUAUAUUCUUUCAGGUCUGAGCUCACAUUCCUGGCAAAGAGCAACAGCAAGAGGCGACUCUAUUGAUGGUUCAAGCCUUGUCCAGGCUUAUCAAACCCCAUCAAUGGCUGAUAUGGUUACUCGUUCUCAGGCCAUGUUUCUCCGUAGUCCCUCAGCUCAGAGGCUUGUCCAACCAUUACUGUCAUUCGGAUCACAACCGAAGCCAAGGUAAUUGCAGCUGUUGGCAUUAUCUUGAACCGGCUUAUUGAGUGGCCCUCCACCCCUCUUUUUUUCAUAUUUUAAUUGGAGGGGGUGAAAGUUGGAUUAGAUAAAGUAAUGGUUUUGCAGCUGGGAUUAUGCUCCUGUAUUGUAAUAUGUAAAUGAAUAAAAAAAGAAGAGGGUGAGAGACUAUAUUUCAGAAGGGGGGAGGAAGGGAACACUAGGUAUCUUGUUUUCUUUUUUUUUUUUGUGCUGUUGGGGUGGUGUACAUAAGGAGAAAUGGUUUUUCUCUUGGGAUAACUGGGUAUAAGCAUGUAAUUGUGAAAUGGUUGGGGUGAACUCUUCUCCUAAUA